AUGACAGAGAGAGAUAGGAGAACAGAGGAGAGGGGAGCAACAGAAGACACAGAGAACAAGGGGAAGAGUAGAGGAGAGAGACAGAGACAGGGAGAUAGAGAACAGAGAGAGGGGGAGGAACAGGGAGAUAGAGAACAGGGGGGGGUAGAGGAGAGAGACAGAGACAGAGAGCGGGUGAUAGAGAACAGAGGGAGGGGAGAGAGAUGGAAAACAGAGAGAGAGAGGGGGGAGAGGGGGACAAACAACAGGGGAAGGAGAGGAGAAAGACACAGAGAGAGCGAGAGGGAGAUAGAGAACAGAGGGCGAGAGAAGAGAGACACAGAGAAAUGGGGAGAUAUAAAGAGGGAGGUGUAUUUCUGUUUGAAUAUUUCUUGA